UACACUUCCUCUGCUGUCUGCACUGUUGUUGCCGAUCAGGGCAGCGAGGAAGUAGCCGAUCGGAAGGUCUAUGCCCGCGUUCGAUCUCGGUUGUCUCUCUCCGUUGUCCCUGUCGUUGGUCGCCGGACCUUUGCCUUCGUCGGCUGUUUUCUUCCCUGCUCGGCGUUUCUGGUCUUUGUGCGAUCCUUCCCUGCGCACCAUUUUUUUCCCUGAUUAUGACCUCAAAAAAGUUGCCAUUGUUAGUUCAAGUGAGUUUGAGCAAGUUAUUGUUUCUUCCCAAGCGUCACUUCCACAUUCACCUCAGACCUCCAAGGUCAAACCAAAGCCUUAAGAAGUACCUAGAUUGCAAUCACCCAGCCAAGGUUCUCCUACUGUUUAGGUACUUGCUUAGAGAAAGAGCCUCUUCCAUUGAUAGCUUCUCUUUCUUGUUUGCUCUCAAGGCUUGCACCCACAAAAAGCAUUCCACCAGCCUUGGAAACCAAAUUCAUUGUCUCAUCAUAAAGUUUGGAUUCGAAACAAUAGUUCAACUCCAGACAUGCCUUCUGAAAAUGUACUCUGACUGGGGAAAGCUGGAGGACGCCCACAAGGUGUUUGAUGAAAUACCUCGUAAAAAUAGUAUAUGUUGGACGUCUCUGAUUUCUGCUUAUGUUGAAAAUCAGAGACCCUGCAAAGGCUUACAGCUGUUCAGACAGAUGCAGAUGAACAAUGUGGAGCCUGACCAAGUCACAGUUACUGUUGCUCUCUCUGCCUGUGCUGACAUUGGGGCACUUGAAACAGGUGAAUGGAUCCACAAUUUUCUUAGAAGAAAAAAAGGUCUAAACAAAGAUUUGACCCUGAAUAAUGCUCUUAUUAAUAUGUAUGCUAAAUGUGGGGACAUCAUGGCUGCAAGGAGAUUGUUUGAUAGCACUAGAAACAAAGAUGUUACAACUUGGACAUCCAUGAUUGUGGGGCAUGCGCUGCAUGGGCAGGCAGAAGAAGCUCUUGAGCUUUUCUCAGAAAUAAGCACAAGGAGAAACAGUAAAACACCGAAUUCUAGCAAUUGUCUCAUAGUCCCAAAUGAUGUGACGUUCAUAGGAGUUUUAAUGGCCUGCAGCCAUGCAGGGUUGGUUGAGGAAGGGAAGCACCAUUUUAUAAGUAUGACUGAAAGUUAUGGUAUACGACCUAGAGAGCCUCACUUUGGUUGCAUGGUGGAUCUUUUUUGCAGGGCCGGAUGUUUGGGAGAUGCUUAUGACUUCAUUAUGGAGAUGCCUGUGAGGUCAAAUACAGUAAUGUGGCGAACCUUGUUGGGGGCAUGCAGCCUCCAUAGCAACAUAGAGCUAGGCGCAGAAGUUAGGGGGAAGCUACUUGAGUUGGACCCCGAUUAUGUGGGUGACUCUGUUGCGAUGUCUAAUAUCUACGCUGAUAAAGGCAUGUGGAAUAAGAAAAUGAUUGUCAGAAAUCAGAUAAAAAAGUCAAGAUCUCCUGGUUGCAGCUUGAUAGUGGUGGAAACCGAGGUGAAUGAAUUUGUGACAGCGGAUGAUAGUCAUGCUCUGAAAACAGAGAUAUAUGAUGCUCUUGAGCAUUUGACUAGGAACAUAAAAGCUUAUGGCUACAUGCCAAGGCAUUCAAACCCUUGAAGAGUGGUUCAAAUGUCCAAGAAAAUUCUGGAGCUCUUCUGAGAUGUUUUGCAAUUGCCACAGGAGCUAUCAUGGUUGCUUGGAAAGCAAGGCUUCUGGUAGAGCAUGUGGCUUUUGGGGCUCAUCAUCCACAGUUAAUGGACCUUUUCUUUUUGUUUGCUCUUGAGUAGUGAGAGGAAAAUUAAUGUGUCACGGGGAUCUGUUGUUGGAACUAUUUAUUGCCAAGGUCCUGAACCCAAAGUCCUGGCCUCGCUCAUCAUCCCCGACACUCAGACAUAUGAUCUGUUGAAUUGCAUGAUCUUGACCAUUUGGUUGGAACCGAGCUGUGUGGGCUUACCCAGAUGAUGAUUUGUGGGUACGAUGAAGAGGGUCAAUAGGAAUCCAUAUGACGUGGCAGAAAAGCUCUCAAAUUUGGUCAGCCGCAGAGACUUUUCAGGAGGCUCUGACAAAAAAUGUGGGCUUAAUUUGAAGCAAUCGAUGGGGUUCUUCCUGCUUUGUUUGAUGCUCUUCUCUGCAUUGCUUUCAGUGUCGAUGGUUCUCCAAGAGCCCCCUUCAGAUGACGUUGCUGAGGCAUCUACGUCUGAUAUAUUUCAGCCUAAACAAAGUGAAGGUUUGAACCAAGAUUUCUCUCAUUCUGUUGAGUUGCAAAGAAAUGAACCCCUGGGUGGUCUUCUUGCUGUUGGAUUUGAUAAAAGGUCUUGUCUCAUCAGUUAUAUGUCAGGCACAUAUGGCAAAGGGCUAUCAGGAAAGCUUUCUUCUUAUCUCAUCUCUAGGCUUAGAAAACAUGAAGCUCUCCAUAAAGAAUGCUGACCUUAUACUGAAUCCUAUAACAAAACAGGAAAGAGCUCAAGCCUGGGCAUUUUACUGCGUCCUGAUUGUAAAUAUAUAGUUUGGAUUUCAUUUAGUGGGUUAGGAAAUCGGAUAUUGACCUUAGCUUCUGCAUUUCUUUACGCUCUUCUCGCAAAUCGUGUCGUACUGGUUGAUCCUGGAGUUGAUAUGAUAGAUCUGUUUUGUGAACCAUUUCCUGAUAUUUCCUGGUUUCUCCCUCCUGAUUUGCCCUUGUGAACCGAAAUGCACAAGCUCAAUCAGCAAUCUGCUCAAUGUUAUGGGAAGAUGCUGAAAGACAAUUCAAUUACAAAUUCCACAGUACCAUCUUAUGUCUAUCUUCAUCUAACCCAUGAUUAUGAUGAUCACGAUAAGCUGUUCUUCUGUGAUGAAGACCAAAGUCUGCAGAAAGUAGCCUGGUUAAUGAUGAAAACAGAUAAUUACUUCAUCCCAUCUCUAUACUUAAUGCAUUCUUUUGAGCAGGAACUGAACAAUCUCUUCCCAAAGAAGGAUACAAUUUUCCACUUCUUGGGUAAAUAUCUAUUCCACCCCACCAACAUUGUAUGGGGACUUGUCACUAGGUACUAUGAAGCUUAUUUAGCUAAAGCUGACGACAGAUUAGGCAUCCAGAUUAGAGUGAUUCACAUAGAAACAGGACUCUGACCCAAAAAAAAAAAA